UGAUUGGCCAGUAUUCUCCACAUUACACAAGCUGUUUCAUAAAGAUGUACGGGUUGUGUAAGGUGGCGGGACGAUUCUAGCAGAUUAUAUGAAAUUGACUUUGUUGCAGGAAAAUUAGAGCAGCUGCUUCUCUUCUCACUGACACGCAGGUUGCAGUCAUGUGGAUUGCAGGUGUGCUGCUCCUCCUUGUGACUCACUGGCAUGCAUCUGAGUCCCAGGACUCUCAGCCAAUGUUCCAGGUCAUAACACAGACGAUGCUCCCACCUGACAGCAUGCACAACCCCACACAACUCAAUUAUGGCAUGGCUGUGACAGACGUGGAUGGGGACGGAGACUUGGAGGUGGUGGUGGCUGGGUACAACGGGCCAAACCUGGUGCUGAAGUAUGACCACGCCCAAAGCAAGCUGGUAAAUAUCGCUAUUGAUGAUGUUAACUCUCCGUACUACGCACUGAGGGACCGACAGGGAAGUGCUAUUGGAGUAACAGCUUGUGAUGUGGAUGGCGAUGGGCGCGAGGAGAUCUACUUCCUCAAUACCAACAAUGCCUACUCUGGACGGGCAACAUAUUCAGACAAGCUCUUCAAGUUUCGAAACGGGCGAUAUGAGGAUCUGCUCAGUGAUGACCUCAACAUUGGUCGUGGUGUUGCUAAUCAGAUGGCUGGACGUUCAGUUGCAUGUGUUGACAGAAAGGGAACGGGUCGUUACGCCGUCUACGUGGCUAACUACGCCCAGGGCAGAGUUGGCCCCCACGCUCUUUUAGAGAUGGAUGAGGCUGCCAGUGACGUUUCCAGAGGAGUCAUUGCUCUGUCUGACGUUGCUGCUGCAGCUGGAGUCAACAAGCUCACAGGUGGUCGUGGUGUGGUGGUUGGGCCAAUCUUGAACCAGGCGAGGUCUGACGUGUUCUGCGACAAUGAGAAUGGACCCAACUUCCUUUUUAAGAACAACGGAGAUGGCACCUUUGUGGACAUGGCCGGACAGGCUGGUGUGCAGGACCAGUUCCAGCACGGCAGAGGAGUAGCACUCGCUGAUUUUAAUGGUGAUGGAAAGACAGACAUUGUCUACGGCAACUGGAAUGGCCCACACAGACUUUUCUUACAGACCAGUGACUCCAAAUUUCACAAUAUAGCUGACAGCCAAUUUGCUGCCCCCUCACCGAUUCGUACCGUCAUCGCUGCUGACCUUGAUAAUGACAAAGAGUUGGAGGUGUUCUUUAAUAAUAUUGCCUACAGAGGAAAUGCCCCCAACAGACUUUUUAGGGUGUCAAGAAAAAGUAAUGCGGACCCAUCUAUCCAGGAGCUCAAUGUAGGAGAUGCUGCAGAGCCACAAGGGAGAGGAACAGGAGGAACUGUGACAGAUUUGGAUGGAGAUGGACAACUGGACCUCCUUCUGGCACACGGAGAGAGCGCCCAGCAGCCGAUCUCAGUCUUCAAGGUUACACAGGGCUCAUCCAACAACUGGCUGCGUGUGGUUCCUCGUACCCAGUUUGGAGCAUUUGCUCGAGGUGCUAAAGUAACAGCCUUCACCAACCAGAGUGGAGCUCUCACGCGCAUCAUUGAUGGAGGUUCUGGGUAUCUGUGUGAGAUGGAGCCAGUUGCACACUUUGGUUUAGGAACAGAUGUGGUGAAAGUUCUGGAGGUCUCAUGGCCAGACGGCACCACCAUGAGUCGGGCUCUUGAAUCCGGUAAAAUGAACUCGGUGGUGGAAAUAACUUACCCUAAAGAAGGGGAAGCAGCUGUGCUUGCUGGUGACACGCAGUGUGGUGAUGGGUUUACUGUCAGGAAUGGCCAUUGUGAAGUGUGUCGUGAUGCAUUUACCACUGGUGGAUCUGAGGUGAUAACUGUCUAAAGAAAACCGAUGACCCUGAUUUUAUCCAGGGUGACGCACCUGGCCUAAACAACAGCUGGAAGGACUUACUAAGGUCUGGACAUGUUGAAAGUUUCCUUAUUUGGAUGAACUGGCUGCAUGCAGGAACUGACCGGUAUUGUGAGAUGUACCAAAGAUUUAAUGGUCUUACGUGUAAAAUAUUAUUUUUCAAUCACCAACUUCUCCAUCAGAUGACCCAGAAGGAGACAGGGGAAAUAAGUGUUUAUUUCUGGUGUGUAAACAAGGUGAUGUACUUUUAAUAAUUAAUAUGUCAAUAAUGUAUAUUACAUACAUUAAAGAGCAAGUCACCCCCUACCAGAGUCUUACUAUACUCACACUUCCUGUUUGAAAAAUGCAACAAAUGCUCUUGCCUAGCAAACCGAGGGCGGAACAGCUAACAAAUACACACACCAUCGACAAAUAUAUAUAUAGACACACACACAGGCUCACAACGACAUUGUGACAUCAUAAUGCACCAGCUAACGUCAUAGUGUACCUCUUGGCCAAUAGCGAUGGCAGAUUUAAAUUCAAAUGCAGUGAGUUUUUACCUGACAACGGCACAACACUGACAGCUUUAGGCAGAAAAUUACAAUUUUAACUAAGAUGCACUAAAGUGCAAAAUUAUUGUCUACAUGUUUACAGCACGAUUAGACAUUAGUGAUGGGAAUUCCGGCUCUUUUUAGAGAGCCGGUUCUUUUGGCUCAGCUCACCAAAAAGAGCCGGCUCUUUUGGCUCCCAAGUGUCUCCUCAGAUUUUCUGUUGCGUAAAGUAUAUUUAUCACCAAAAUAAUGCUAAACUAUAUGUAAAAUAAUUUACUAAUGUAAAAAAAAAGCAAUAUAUCAAAUAUUUAUCAUUUCUAUGGAUUUAAUAUCUGAACACUUUAAGAAAUCUCCACUUCCCGACUGCUGGCGCUCAUUUUCUCACCGUCUUCGUUGCACUCUCCUCUCUCUCGCCUUUUUCCUCCUCCUCAUUCCCUUUCGUCUCCCUCCACCUACAUGAGCUCUGCUGUGUGUCUGUCUGAGUCUGAUCCUCCCUCUUCCCCGCUCCUACUGCUCUGUGUGUGGACAGUCUGGACACACAGUUACACAUGUUGACGUCUGUUGGCCUGUAGCUUUCACCAAGGCAGGGGGGGAGGGGGGAGGGGACGGCUCCCAAUGACGAGCCAGCUCCCGUUGUUCACUUCAAGGAGCCGGCUCUUAGAGCUGGUUCGUUCGCGACCGACACAUCACUAAUGCAUUUAAAUAGUUUAUCAGCAAAAAAAGUUGAUUUGGUGUUGACUUGCUCUUUAAAAACUUUAGCAGAUACUAAUAAAUCUCAUGAGCUAAUCAUGGUCAUUUACUCUAAAUAAAACAUGUUAUGUAGACAUAUCUGUACUUAUGUAACUAAAUUACUUUCAACCUUUGUGCAGAUUUAAAUGUGCAUUUCGUCACAUAAGGGGCAAUCUACCAAUUUUUCCUCCUGAAAGCUUCUAGCUAUAAUUAUUAACUAUAUUUAGUGAUUUUGUCGGAUAUUUGAGGAUCCAGGUCCUUCUUGAUCCUAACAAACCUCUGCUGAUGAGAAUUUAGCUUAACAUAUUGUAAAAAUACAUUCUAAAAGAUAAAACCACAUGACAACCCUGUAGAAUUAAUAAUUAUUUGGGGGGGUGUUUGUUGUCGCAUUAAAUGCAGCAAUUUUUAGAAAAAUAAAUGGCGGAUCAUACUUUUUAUUUUCCCCAUGUUUCCACAGCUCUACAGAGGAAAGAGCCAUUGCUAUCCAAUAGAGAAAAAAAAAACAUUAAUUUCUUAUCUAAAGAAAUUUGCACUUGACUGAUUAUAUGACAAUUGAAAACAUUGGCAUAAAAACAGUAAAAAGGUGAAAUCCAGCAUAAUAAUUUCAGAUUGUUUAUGAAAAUUAACAUUUUAGAUUUUUCCCAACAAGCUUUCCUCUCCGUUUCCUCCAUUAUAUUCUCCGCUGCUGAAAAAUACUUUGCAAGAAAAUAAACAGAAGCUGUGAUGAAACGGUUUAUUUGACACCGCUGUUUGUACCGCACGUAACAAACAAGCGGAAUAAGCGUUUUUACACAAAAUGUCAUCAAAACAAAACUAAAACAUGGCGUUCACACGUGUGAGUCAAGUUUUGGCAUUAAGGGGUUCUUUGGAAGUUUUCCGCAAAUCAAGGAAAACUUGUUGUGAUUUAAACCACUAGUGUGACAUUUGAGGAAGACUUUAUCGUAUCAUCCUGGACUCAAUGCACAGCGAGUUCUUGCAUAAUCAGACUUUAGGAAGCAUCGGUCUCACUCAGUGAACCCAAGAGGUGAGUACUUGUAUACCUGUGCAGGAGUGUCUAACAAAUAAAUAAACAUACAAACAAACAAAAAAA